AUGACCUGGGACGGAGGAAUCGAGCCCAAUGGCACCGAGGGCAAGAACUUCUACAUCCCCAUGUCCAACAGGAGUGGGGUCGUCAGAAGUCCCUUUGAGUACCCUCAGUAUUAUUUGGCAGAUCCCAUCAUGUACAAGCUUCUCGCCGUCUACAUGCUCUUCCUGAUCUGCACUGGAACCCCCAUCAAUUGUCUGACGCUGCUGGUCACGGCUCGGAACAAGAAGCUCAGACAACCUCUCAACUACAUCCUGGUCAACCUGGCCGUGGCCGGACUCAUCAUGUGCUGCUUCGGAUUCACCAUCACCUUCAUCACUGCCAUCAACGGUUACUUCGUCCUCGGGGUCACUGCCUGUGCUUUGGAAGGAUUAUUGGCCACCCUUGGCGGUCAGGUUUCUCUCUGGUCUCUGGUCGUCCUGGCUGUUGAGAGAUACAUCGUCAUCUGCAAACCCAUGGGGAGCUUCAAGUUCACCGGAAGUCACGCGGCAGCUGGAGUCAUUUUCACCUGGAUCAUGGCUUUUGCUUGUGCUACGCCACCUCUUUUUGGUUGGUCCAGGUACAUCCCCGAGGGCAUGCAGUGCUCCUGCGGCCCCGACUACUACACUCUGGCCCCCGGCUUCAACAAUGAAUCAUUCGUCAUCUACUUGUUUGUCGUCCACUUCACGGCUCCUGUCUUCACAAUUUUCUUUACUUAUGGAAGCCUCAUUCUGACAGUCAAAGCCGCUGCAGGCCAGCAGCAGGAUUCAGAGUCCACUCAGAAGGCUGAGAGGGAGGUGACACGCAUGUGCUUCCUGAUGGUCAUUGGCUUCCUGGUAGCUUGGGUACCAUAUGCAACUUUCGCAGCCUGGAUCUUCAUAAACAAGGGGGCCACCUUUACUGCCCUGACCGCAACCAUCCCCGCCUUCUUCGCUAAGAGCUCAGCCUUGUACAACCCCGUGAUCUACGUGCUGAUGAACAAACAGUUCCGUAGCUGCAUGCUGAGCAGUAUUGGAAUGGGCGGCAUGGUGGAGGAUGAGGCAUCAGUGUCUGCCAGCAAGACAGAGGUGUCCUCUGUAUCUUAAGGGUGAUGACGCCCUCUCAUCUGUGGACAUUUUCAUUACUGAUUGGUGUCCAGAUUUGAAAAGAUCCCACGUUACGCCAAAUGGAUUUCUGGAUUUGGUGAAUGGGAAAAAAGGGAUGCCACCUCAUCUGUUGAUAUGUAUAAACAAACAUCUGUGAAGGGCUUGUACAGCCUUUGAGUGGGCGUGUGUGUGUGAGAGUGGGUGAACUCUGUUUCUUUGUAAAGCACGUGAUGACACUCUAAAAACACCUAAACUCUCAAGUUGAACUGCGAAUUAGCUGAGAUGUGACAACACUUUCUGUUGUCAUGAAUUCGUUAUCAUACAUGGUGUAUUUACAUCGUUUGAGAGGGCAUUUUUGGAAUUAUUUGCAUGUAUUUCAUGAAAAAGAAAAAAAAAAUGUAGGUA